CCACGCCGGGCAGCAAGCGGGCACCCGCACCGCUCGCUCUGUUCGCCGUCCCGGCACCAGCGGGCGAGGGAACCGGCCGGGCUCGAGUUCCCCAGGCUCCCACCCAAGGACUUCGAUCGGUCCUUCAGACUGGCCUUCCCUCUCGGCGGCGGAUCGCCCCCGGGGGCGAAGAAGCUGAGAGGAGCCGCGGCCGCUGCCUGGGAAAUAGUGUCGGACCGGCCGCGGCCGUAGCAGCAGCAGCAGGGAACGGAGGACCGGGAGACCCGAGGGGGUGAAAGCAGGUCCGGAAGAAGAAGAGGAAGAGGAAGAGGAACGGGGCUCGGGACUCGCCCUCGAGCGGAGCCGAGGCAAGGCGGGAAAUUCUUGCGCGGGGCUCCCAACUGACGCGGCCCGAGCCUGCACUGACAGCCAGCCGCCCUCCGGGCUGAUGGGCUGAGGCGGAAGGCGGCCCAAGGCUGAAGGCGCAACCUGGAGGGUGCGAGCGAGGGACCGGGGGCAGCGCAGCGGAAAGGCGCCCGAAGGCUCCUCGGGGGCCUGUGCGAAGGACCCGGGUGGCGGGUCUGGCUGGCUCGCCUGAGAGAGAGUGGGGCGAAUUCACCCAGGAGGCGAGGCGGAGAGGGAGAGGCCAGCGGGGAAGAGCAGAGAUAGCCCUUCUGGCGCAGACAGAAUUCGCGGGAGGGGGACCGACUCCUCGAAGCGGGGCUCUCCCGCUCGCCACCAGCAGGGGCGGACGCCGCCCGCCCCUUGGAGGGUGCCUCUGCAGCCAGGCCGGGCAUCUGCAACACCAGCGCCCCGACUUCUCCACAGGCGCCACCCACCCCAGCGGCUCUCUGCUGCCCCCCAACGCGAGGGCUGCCCGGCCGCCUCUCCUGGCCGGCGGAGCGCGCUUGAAGGCGGCGGAGAGAGAAGCCCGCGGCAGCACCCCGGCGUGCGGCCGCUCUUGCAGGCGGGCAGGACCCCAUGCGAACUCCGGGCUGCAAGCGCAGCAGCAGCGACCCCUGCAGCCCGCCCCGUCGCAGUCGGACGAGCGUCCUCAGUCCUCCUUCUCCGCCGCCUCGGAAGCCUCCUCCCAUCCCGAAGUGGCUCCGCCGUGGUGGUGGCGGUGGCGCGGCGGCGGCGGCGCUGCCUGCGACAACGCUUCCUCUCCUGCCGGCCCAGCUGAUCCCGAGAGCGGCGCUGCUGGCGCGGGAGCUCCUCCUGCUCUCGACCCCUUAGCGGCCGGGCCGGCGGCGGCGGCGGCAGCUGCGGCUAAGGCGGCUGUUCCUCCUCCUGCUGUUGCUGCUCAGUUGCCGCCGCCGCCGCCGCCGCCGCCGCCGCCGCGGAGCCCCAAAGCCGUCCUCUGCAAGAGGAUGGUGCGUCUAGCGGCCGAGCUGCUGCUGUUGCUGGGACUCCUCCUGCUAACCUUGCACAUCACUGUGCUGCGAAGCAGCGAUCCCGAAGCGCCGCGAGGCAACCACAGCCAGCGACAGCAGGAAAUCCAUCACACAGAUAGCCUUUCAUCUCUUGAAAGAAGCUUCACAUUAGACCCAGAAGAUCGACAGAAUUAUCCUGAUCACCAGGCAGCACACCGCUCAUUUGCCAAGCAGCGAUUUAGGCAGCAAAAUGGACAGACAUCUUUGCAAAGAGAUGGACCCAGAUCUUUCCUUUUGGAUCUUCCAAAAUUUCCUGACUUCUCAAAAGCAGACAUCAACAGGCAAAACCCUAACAUCCAGGUGACUAUAGAAGUUGUUGAUGGAACAGACUCUGAAUCAGAGAAAGGUCUUCAAAGAGAAAGCAGCAAAACCAGCCGGCCUCUUCCAUCUCCAGAUUGGAGAAACUGGUGGCAAAGAUCAGCACCUUCCAUCACUCGCAUGAGUAGUGGUGACCAGGAUUAUAAAUAUGAUAGCACAACUGAAGACAGCAACUUCCUGAAUCCCUUGAGUGGCGGGUGGGAUAGGCACCCAUCAACUCAUCGGAUCUUUGAAUCAAAGGAGCAGUCAGAAUAUGAUUACAUAGAUGGAGAGGGAGACUGGAGCCUGUGGUCAGUUUGUAGUACAACCUGUGGAAGUGGCAAUCAGAAACGCACCAGGACCUGUGGAUAUGCCUGCACAGCCACUGAAUCGAGGACCUGUGACCGACCAAAUUGCCCAGGACUCGAGGAUACCUUCAGAACAGCAGCCACAGAAGUGAGUUUGCUUGCAGGAAGUGAAGAAUUCAAUGCCACAAAGCUCUUUGAAGUUGAUACAGAUAGCUGUGAAAGGUGGAUGAGUUGCAGAAGUGAAUUUUUGAAGAAGUACAUGCACAAAGUAGUCAAUGAUCUUCCUGCUUGUCCUUGCGCAUAUCCGACCGAAGUAGCUUACAGCACUGCAGAGAUCUACGACCGUCUGAAAAGGAAGAACUUCCGCUGGAAAGAUGCAAGUGGGCCAAAAGAGAAACUGGAGAUCUAUAAGCCUAGUGCCCGCUAUUGCAUCCGGUCCAUGCUGUCCCUGCAGAGCACCACCUUGGCAGCACAGCACUGCUGCUAUGACGACAGCAUGCAGCUGAUUACCCGGGGGAAGGGGGCCGGUACCCCCAACCUGAUCAGCAUUGAGUUCUCUGCGGAACUUCAUUACAAAGUGGAUGUUUUGCCCUGGAUCAUUUGCAAAGGGGACUGGAGUAGGUACAAUGAAGCCCGGCCACCUAAUAAUGGUCAGAAAUGUACAGAAAAUCCUUCAGAGGAAGACUAUUACAGACAAUUUCAGGAAGCAAGAGAGUACUGAAAAGGGGUGUGGGAGGAGCUGACUUCUUUGAAAACUUCAAAAAGAUUGGUGGUGGUCAACAGGACACACCAGUGAAUAAACUUUUGGAAAAUGGAAUUAAUCUCCCCACUCAUUGUACAUAGUUGUACAAAAUACACAAUUUUUCUGAAGUGUUUUAUUUAUGUCUGCAUGUAGAUAAGGCAUAUAGCCCCCAUCCCCUUCGCACACAGACAUGAAAGUGUCUCAGCAGAUCUUUAUAUAGUGAUAGGCAUUUUGCUUCCAUUAAGAUGAGCUUAUGCUCAUAUGCUCCUUUAGGGACUACAGUGUCUAUAGUUAAGGUGAGUAUCAUUGGAUUUCACAUGAAAAGGAAAUCGCUUCUCAAUGCCUCAGUCAUUCAGAAUAAACUGUUGCUAUUAGAAAGAGCUACACUGAAAUUGUAGUACCUCUAAGUAUUGAAAUGUGGUUUGGGACUGCAUUUGAAGGUAACAUUUUGGCUCGCUAAGAAAAUAGUGACAAGAUUCAUUGCAGAUGAGAUGAAAGUUAACUUCAAAUCAGAUUGUGCCUUAGCUUUGCAUCAAAGGCCAAGUCUUGUGGUUGACUUUGACAGUUACUGAAAUCCUGGGCUGGACCAUCUUGACAUUGGAGGCUUUGACUGUUCUGAAGACCUCCCAGCAUCAGCAUCAGAUUAGCAGGGCCAUAUCAGAGAGGAAUAGCCGUUGUUAUUAUUAUUCCUGUCUGUUGGAAGCAGUGGGAGGAAGACAUGUUCAUAAGCUUGUGUAACUUUCUUCAUGAUUGUAAAGAGGCAGGACUGAAAGCACUGUGGAUCCUUUGUGUUCUCAGCCUUUCCUAGCCUGCUGCCACACACCCUUAUGAGCCUUUCCCGUGUGGUUUUCUGAUAUCGGAAACAGCACAGAGGAGUGAUGGAAAUGGGGGUCCAAUGUCAAACUGCCCACUCUGACAUUACAGUUCUGUCCCUGACUGUGGAGCCAAAAAAACCCAAGAAAAACAAACCAUCCCCACCCUGCCAAGUCCAAACGACUGCAGCUUUCCACUAAUAAGCCCCUACAGUGUGCUUCUGACACAGGGCUCCCUUAUUCUGCAAAAAGCUUUUGUGCACCUUCCAGAUAGGAUUGCUAAGUCAAAGCAGAGGAGCAGCAGAAAUAAAACAUGAGUACAUAAAUUAUGUAAUGCAAAUGUGUUUGUUAAAUGCUUUUUCUAUAUAUACAGAUACAGAUAUAUACACAACACACAAAUAUAUUUAGACAUAUUUAAGGGAAGAAAAGUGCAGAAGGCGUGGACAGUAAUUAUUUGAGAAACAGGUAGAUGCAUUCAUGAGCAAAGUUUUUUUAAGGAUGCCACUGAGCAUGGGACAAAAUUGUGGCUAACAAAGGAUCUGGAAUUGCAACACACAACAAAUCUGACCAGCUAAUUGGGAAAGGAUCUAAUGUGUUUCUGCAUCCCAAAGUGGGUUUGUAUAUUGGAUGAAAAGAUUGAUUAGUCGUGUUAGGGCUGAUGGGAUAAUUUCCUCUAUCCUAACUGUUCAUAAAUAAGCAGUUUCUGAGUAUGUGCAUUCAUCCUCUGGUUUGGGGUCUGUGUACAUGAAACACAGCCUCUGCAUUGAAGCUGCUUUAAAUUCUUUGCUAGCAGAGCAGGAACAUUUUCCUUGUGCCACUGCAGUGCAGUCCAGCAAAGCUGAGGAGAUUCUAAUAUACCAUUGGCAGUGGACUUUAAAUGGCAUUCCGAUGUGUUCGUAGAUAUACAGCAUCAUGAAGAAUAAGGCCCGCUCUGCUGCAGAACCCCUGCCAUACACACAAUGCCUUGUUUUUUUUGGAGAGGUCUGUUGCAGGGAACAAUUUAAAGCAGCAUCCUUGGGAGGCCUUAAUUGUAUGCAUAAGCACAAUGCUGAAAGGACAUCAUUCUGGAAGAACUGAUUUUAAACAUCCUGCGCUUCCUGGGUUUUCCAUCCUAUUGCAAAUACAUGCAGUGUGUUAGAAAAGGAAAGAAACUCUAUCUUUUAAAAAGAUUAAUGUCGUGGGAUGGAGAAUUGUCAAUUCCUUAACUUAAUCGCAUUAUACUUGUAGCAUAUGUAUUUAUUCAUCUUGAGUUAAUAAGAAUUUGUAAAGUUAAAAUGUGUAAGGAAAGAAACUUCCUGGGAACCCAAACAUGUUCCAUAAGGAAAUUACACAUCAAUCCAAAGCAAGUUCACAAAUGAAGCAAUUCUGAAACAUCCAUUAGUUUGUGUUCUUAUUAAGUGGGUGCUAAAAAAUUUUUUUAAUGGUCCACUGAAGAAAGCCAGCAGAACUGGUGUGAGCCAGCCCACUAACUAGUUCUUCUGAUAGAAUAAUUUAAGGGCUAAGUCUUGUCUAUGCAAGAAUAGCUUCAUUAAGACUUAACGUCUCUCUUGGUGUUGUGUGUUUUUUUUAAUAGCAAACAGCUAAAGAAGGAAAAAUCAAAAAAGUAUUCUGAGUAACAUACUAUUAACUUCAGCCAUUGUAACAAGGCUCAUAAGGACAAAAGGAGGACAUUGUUUUAAUGUAUUUCUCUCACCUCAUUUAUCUGAAAUCCAAGGGCAUUUGACUUGCCAAGGCAGAAAUCCUUUGGCAGACUCUAUCAAUAUGUUUUCAAGAUCAUUGCAACUUUUUCCAGCACCAGUCCUGGGACAUUUAAAGAAAAACCAUUUCUCCAUCUGUGGUCCUUGGUAACUACAUUUCAAAAUAAUAUAAUAGUUGCUGAUUUUGCUUGGAAAUAAUUAUUUUAGUCAGCUAGAUUUUUUAGUAUCUCAUUGACAAAUGUAACAGAAUGUAGUCUACAUGUACUCUUAACUCCAACUUGCAGGAUUGCAUUCAUAGCCAAGGCUCUGCUUUUUUGUAGGUAACGAAGUAUGUGCCUGUGUAUAAAUGUAAUGUGAUCUUUUGCUACAUGAGUGCAUCUCUUAUAGCAGUCAGAAAACCCAUAAUACCAAGUACUAUGCAAUCCAUGGAGACUUAACUGGGAUAAUCUCUCUCUCUCUCUGGAAACUGCCGUUAGUGAAGUGCCAUCGAGUCAGGUCCAGACCCUGCCUGGCAAAUGUUUGACAAAUGCCUUUCAGCUUGCCCUGUUCCCAGUAAUAAUACAUAGUUCUUCUAAGGAUAGUCUUGCAAUCUCACUGAUCCUAUCCACCUCCCUUUAUGUGCUGUCUUUCUCUUCGACUCCCUCAAUCUUACUAAGUGUAUUUUCCAGUCCAUCAGCAUUAGUAUGUGAACUCCUGCUUGCUGCUCAUCUCCUGAAGGGAGCAGUCAGUGUUAACGUGAACUUGGAUUCCAUGAUACUUCUAGGAAUUAUCUUCAUAUCCACAAUUCAAAAGCAUCUUUCUUUCAGUCCUUCUCAAUGUCCAGCCUCCAUAACUAUAUAUUAAUACGGAAAAAAAUCAUUCUGAUUUUUGUUGUUAUAAAAGUAUCCUUAUCUUUCAUGAUCUUCUUUAAGGUUGUCAUUGUAUUCCUCCCUUGGAUUAUCUCAUCUUUAUUUCUCCAGUACAUUGUCUAUUCUUGAGCCCCCCAAAAUAGAUAUAUCCACCGCCCUCCCUGCUUUCCUGUCAAUUGUGAGUUCACUCUACAUGCUGGAUUUUGUUUUCAUAUUAUUGUUUUCAUAUCAUUAACUCAAUUUUUUCACUUGCCAUUUUAUGCCCAGAAUAAAUUCUUCUAAAUCUCUUUGUUUUAAAUUGACUAU